AUGAGCCGGCCUCCAGCAACAUCGCGCAAGGUCGGGCGCGUGGUGGUGCUACUGGCGCUCGUCUUGGUGUGUCUGCGAGCAGCGCAGACGGCGCGGGCUUUGCUAGGAGCGGGGGCCGUGCAGUUUCCAAGGUCGGUUCCUCCGGGAAUAUGGGCACAGAGCUUGCUGGUCGCACGCAGGGCCAAGGCUGGCCGUGGUGAGGCCCAAGACAGUGAAGACGUCAAGGGGCCUCUGCAACCUCGUGAAGACGAAGAUAAGGCCCCCUCAAAAAAGGAUGACGUAGGAGAAGCGACGACCGAGGCCAAAGCAAGCUUCGAUCAGGUUUCGCGAAACAAGCCAGCGGAUGAGGCAUCCUUCGCUGAGGACACGGAGGAUGUGGAAGGCGCAACUGCCAAGGCCGAGUGGCUGCAAAAGACAGCUGACCAGAUCCGGAACUUUAGCAAGGAAGAGGUCAGCUGUUGGGUCCGGGCGGCCUUGGAAGAGGAUGGUGACAGCGACGACACGCCAAAGAUCGUUGACACUCUGCGACGGGAGAGCGUCAGAGGCAAAGCGUUGUUCGGCCUGACCUAUGAGCGGCUAGUGGGGAUGCCCUACAACAUUGCUGCCGGCCCUGCGCAAAACCUGGCCGAUCGCAUCAAUGCCAUGUUGGCCCCGACGGCCGCGACCGGAUUCCAGGUGCAGGGCGCAAGACGCCAGCUGCCAUACAUUGCCCCCAAGUAUACCAUGAACGAAACAGUUUGCCACAACAAGAAGCUGCUGGUCUGUGACUUUGAAGAUUCGGAAGAAUUUGCCAUUGUGUCCAAUGCACUGAUGCAGCAGUUGACUGCGUGGGUGGAGGAAUGUAACUCUUCCCGAGGCAUUUGUGCCAUCAAUGGCAUGGUAAAGACUGGAAAGUCAACCGUCUUGACUCGCCUUUUGCCACAGAUCAUCUUGACGACCUUUCCAGAUGCCGAGAUUUGUUUCCUGGACUUUGCCGCUUUUCUCGAUGUGGGCUCCGAGCCGGGAGAAAUGAAGGAAGGCCUGCUGAAAGAGGUUUGCAGUUGGGCAACAUCCUCUGGGCUCGAUGUGGGCCAUGCCGACCAGCUGACCUUGAAUCAGCUGAUGGAUAUUUUGGACAGGUCUGGCCGAACCUGUUUCUUCUUGAUCGACGAAGUUCAGAGGUAUUUCGAAGUGAGGCAUGGAACGCUCCCAUUGUGGGAUACACUCAAAGGUUUCGUAGGAGUCAACAAGCAGCGCCCCAACCUGCACUUUGCCAUCACGGGUUCAGCCAUGGUCCUUGCGUGGCACAACUUUCUCAAGAUGACUCCCAAUGGAUUUACGUUUGUUGGCGAGUGUCGCAAGAUUUUCCUCCCGUGGCAACAUCCCAAACAUGAGCUGGCCUAUGCCAAAAGCAAAUUCCUGGCCACUGCAGCCAACGAGUCGGAAAGAGACGAACUGACAGCGUUGUUAGCUGAGAUCGCAUCCGUGCCGUUGAUGGCAUAUACAGCAACAAUGUGGAAGUACGCACAGUCCAUUAAGGACACGCAACAACAAGUGAAUCUCAAGUUGAGAUCGGAAUUUGUGACGGAGAUGACGCCUUUGCUUGGGGAUCCCACUUGGAGCAAACCAGAACGCUUGCAGUACAUCCGAGACUUGGCCUUGGGUGGGGCGACUUCUGACCCAGCAGACUUUUUCAAUGAGAUCGUGUACGGCUGCUUCUUUAAGCCAUAUAUUCAGGAAUUGGAUGGCAAGUUCUCCUUUGCAGACAACCCAUGGACUGUUUGCAUGGCGCAGUGUAUAGAUGAGAACGGGACACUUGUGAACCAGUCCAAUUUCCCUGUGCUGCAAUGGUACCAGAACGCACAAAGGCUGCAGUAA